ACUUGGGAACAGCUUUUGUAUUUGCUAUUCCUUCAGUAUGAAAUUCUCUUCCCUCAGCUGUUGUCAAGUCUAGUUCAUUUGCAUUUUUGGCAUUUCAACUCAAUUGUCAUCUCAGUGACCAGUUUUUAUCUGAGCAUGAAUCUUGAUGGCUCUGCACAAGAUCCUGAAAAGAGGGAAUAUUCUUCUGUCUGUGUUGGCAGAGAAGAUGACAUUAAAAAAUCUGAAAGAAUGACAGCUGUUGUCCAUGAUAGAGAAGUGGUCAUUUUCUACCACAGGGGAGAAUAUCAUGCCAUGGAUAUUCGCUGUUACCACUCAGGAGGACCUUUACAUUUGGGAGAUAUAGAGGAUUUUGAUGGACGACCGUGUAUAGUUUGCCCCUGGCAUAAAUACAAAAUUACUUUGGCAACAGGAGAAGCAUUGAAGAGGCCAAAAGCAGAAACUGAUGAGGGAGAAUGGGACCUUAGGAGAGGAAAAGCAGCUGAGCAAAGUUCCCUCACUCCUCCACUGUGGACGUCCAAGCCUGGAGCAAAACUCAACUGGGAAUGGGAAGAAGUUUUAAAUGAAAUGAGAUUAACAUUUGGUUUAUCACAUUGAACUGGACUCAAUUUACAAAAAAAAUAAAAGACUAUUCAUUUAUGACCUGAAAGCAACAACAAAAUUAUUAUUAUUUACUUAUUACACUGAGCUCAAUUACUUAAAAAAAAAGAAAAAAGACUAUUCAUUUAUGACCUGAGGGCAACAACAAAACCAUAAAAUCUCUCUGAGAUUUGAAAGGGCUGGGAGUGGAGCGCUGUGAGCUGGAACAAAUGGGCAGGCGUGAAGGGCAGUGGGAGCUUUCAGCAUGCAGCCUGCUCAGUUCAACUCAUUUAAUCAAGUGCUUCCAGUAUGUGGGAUUCAUUGAGCUUCUGUUUUUGCCAGGUUGAGUUCUGCUGGGUAUAUUUUAAUGAAGAAACAAAAUGAAUUUAUAUUUAGGAGUACAGUGUUUUAUAAUGAUUGUAACCACGCUAACCUGAAUUCAUAUCCUUGCUCUGCUACUUUAAAAAAUGUGACACAUUGUAAAUCUCUUGUACCUUCGGUGUUCUCAUCUUUGAAAUGGAGAUAAAUGAUGCCUACUUCACAGGGCUGUCAUAAAGAGUGAAUAAGAUAAUAUAUGCACAGUAAGUAUUACAGUGCCUGGUAUACAGUGGUCCAUAGGUAGCAUCAAGGAUUACGAUCAUGCUCUUAGUCUGGUAACCUGACCAGCGGGAAACAUUGAACAGGAAUUAGUGUACUAAAUAGACUGAAGAUGAAUCAAAGCUAAGAGGAGGGAGAAAGAUGAGAAACAUUUAGCAACAACAACAGCAAAAUGCUAACACAAUAGCCAUAGAAAUGGAAUAGAAGGGACAGAUAUAAAGGAUAUUUGAGAGGAAAAGGGACAUAAGAGAUAACUGCUUAGACAUAUAUGGUGAAUAAAAGUAAAGGAAGAGUCCAAGCAGCUUACAUUUUAAAAGCUUGCUUGGGUUGGAAAAGAGUAGAAAUAGGAGAAAUACAGAAAUUGCCAAGAGUGAGCAAGUUUGGUGGGUGAGCAUAGUGGAAAGAAAUAUGGUUUUGUUUUGUUAUAAGACUUUGGGACUUUCAAGUACAAAUAUCUUAAGAAUAUUUGAAAAGUUAUUUAUUUUUUAUUCAUUCAUUCAUUCGUCUAAUAUUUCUUGAAAGCCUACUUUGUGACAGACACCACGCAAGGAUGUAGCAAGAACAAUCUAGUAAACAGUUGGAGUUUGAAUGGGACAUCUGAGCCAGACAGAAAUAUCUGGGGCCUUCAACAUAGAGCUGGCCCCCAAAACCAUGAAUAUUAAUCAGUUUUCUAUGAAGAACAUCAAGAAAACAACUUCUGAAAAUAUGAACAGUUAGGGAGUCAUGAGGAAUGGUCAAAGGGCUGAGAGCUAAAGCAGUGUCUCAUGUUGCAAUUAUUUUUAUAUUAAAUUCUAACCACCGAUAGCUUAUAAAUAUUUAAUCAUAUCAAUAAAACAAUUUCAUAGUAGCUAUCCAUAUUUUUAAAUUUUUAUUAUAGAAUAAUUAUAAAAUUACAAGGAUUUGCAAAAGUAGUAGUGAGUUCCCAUUUACCCUUGAUGCAGUUUCUCCCAAUAACUACAUUUUUAAAAAGAAAUUUUUUUUAGAGACAGGAUUUUACCAUGUUGGCCAGGCUGGUCUCGACCUCCUGGCCUCAGUUAUCUGCCCACCUCAGCCUCCCAAAGUGCUGGGAUUACAGACAUGGGCCACCGUGCCUGGCCCCAAUAACUACAUCUUACAUGACAAUAAUACAAUAUCAAAACAAGGAACUUGACAUUGAUAUAAUCCAUUGACUUGAUUCAGAUUUCACCAGUUUUUCAUGUACUAGUGUGUGGUAUGUGUAUAGUUCUAAGCCAUGUUAUCACAUAUACAGAUUCCUAUAAUUUUUCAUCUUUAUUUCUUAAAAUAUUUUCCUUUUUCUCACUUCAGUUACUUAGAUGAGGUGAAGAAUCCACAUCAUGAGAAUUUAAAAAAAUAAUUUUUGCAGUUUACUGAUACUCCUUAAUGUUCAAACAGCCCAAUAUAGCAAAGGCCACAAAGAUUUUUAAAGUAGUUAAUGAACAAGUAACACUUGCAUUUUACACUAUUUUAUGAUGCUUUAUCUGUAAAACAUUAGUUAUGAUUUCUAAAGUCCUUUAUAACUCUGAAAUUCUACAAUUCCAGUCUCUUACCUUAUCAGGCCAGUGGUCAGUGGGACAGAGUUAAUCACUGUCUUAUUGCAGUAAAAACAUUCUGCUAGAUUUAACCAGGUUCCCACAGGAACCUGCUUCUCCAAGAGGGCUUUGUAAACGUUUGAUAACAAGAGAAUAAGCUAAUUAAUAGUUUUUCUAACAAAAAAACUAUUUUUAAAUAAAAGUAUUUUAUCAUAUUGUUUUAAUAAUAUUUUAACUAAAACAUCUAUACUGGUAGCAUAGCUCAGUACAUUAGUAUUGAGCUUCAUUCCCAGUCACUUAAAUUCAAAUCUGUAGUAUUCCUAUCUUGGCAAGACAAAGAGAAGCAUCCUCUGUUCAGGAAGAAAAUAGUGUUAAGCUAGUUGUCAAGAAAAUCAUUUAUAAACUAGAUUCCCCUCUAAAAGGUCUAUAAUUCAUUUCAUGAAAAUGGUAAAAGCUUUUGUGCUUAGACAAAAUGUUAGAGGAUCCCUAUAAAUAAGAUCAGGGUCAGAAUAAAUAUUUGCAGUCUGAGAAAACACCACUUUGUGAAAAUUGCCAUGAGAUGUAGACUGUACAACAGUUACAUUUGAAAGCCUGAAAGAUUUCAUGUUUUACAGAUUGAUGGCAAUACACAGCAAUCAAAAAGCUAGAUUUCUAAUUUAGUAAUGUUCUAGAAAAAAACAAUAAUAGUGGACUAAAUCAUUUGAUGAUAUUACUUUUACUGAACAACAGUUAACGGAGUAUAUUGCAAUCCUUAAAGGAUUGUUCAGUACCUUUUUCCAUUUUAAACUGUACUAAUACUUCCAUUUCAUGAUACCAAAAUUCUCUCAAGGGGAAACUUAACAGCGCAUAGUACUUGCUUUCAGUCAACAGAGUCAGUGGAGAAAGAAAAAAAGCUUCCUCACUAAGAGGAGUAAAACAUGACACCAUAAAACCCAGGUGUUUAAAAAAAUUAUGGCAAAACCACAACACACACACACAAACACACACACACAAAAUUUUUCACGCUACUUUCAAAUUUUUGGCAGAGACCCACAGCGCAUCCCGGGGCUCAAAAAGUAGUUUGUACUCCUAUUUAAAAAUACGUAUCCAAUUUGGAAAUAUCCAUCAAGGGAUAGAAUUCACAUAGAGAUCAUUUGCACAGCACUUCCAGGCACAACUUUGGGAAAGAGGCCUGAGUGUCCCCAAAUUACAGAUGCUCAGAAGCAUCAAGUGACUUUUCCCUAUCAGUCAGCUGCCCAGGGGCAGGAAGAAAAUAAAAACCAAGUUUGUCUAACUCAAAAAUUUGCUGCUCUUAGAUAUAUUCUACACUACCAUCUACGAGUCAUUGGUGUAUAUUUAAAUAGUCAGAGGCCAGGUGCAGUGGCUCACACCUGUAAUGCCAGCACUUUUGGAGGUCAAGGCAGGACCACCACUUGAGACCAGGAGCUCCAGACAAGCCUGGGCGACAUAGCAAGACCCCAGCCCUACAAAAAAAAUUGUUUUCUAAAUCAGCUGGGCAUGAUGACACACACCUACAGUCCUAGCGACUUGGGAAGUUUAAGAAAGAGGUUUGCUUGUGCCCAUGUGUUUGAGGCUGCAGUGAGCAAUGAUUGCACCACUACACUCCAGCCUGGGUGACAGAGCAAGACUCUAUUUCAAAAACAUAAACAGAGCAUAAACUCCACUGAGGAACACUCAGCACGUCACUCCUGUAUUUUGCAUUUACUUCAUUUCUUUCUUGAAAAUUUGCUAUAAAGUGCCAUUUGCAUUAAAUCAGAACCCUUUUUCAUUUGACUAAGUCUAACUGUAUGUUUGAGUAUUAUUUUUUCUGUUCUUUUGGUAAAGGAAAGUUUAAAUAUUAACAGGGGAAAACAGUAUUUGGAACAUAUUUAACAAAGAGCUAAAGUUCUCACUUCACAUGUAAUUAAUAAAUAAGUACAAAAACAUGCGAAAUAAAGGAAAAUGGCAAAGAACUUAUACAGACAAUCACAAAGUAUUUAUCUGUUUCUUUAACAGAUAUUUUCUGAAUGUCUACCAUGUACUCUAUACUGUGCUAUGUAUUAGGGAUACAAUGAAAAAUUAUUGACUUCAUGCUACAUUGUUUAAAAAAUGGGUUAUUGGGUCCAGGCAUGGUGAUUCAUGCCUGUAAUCCCAGCACUUUGGGAGACCGAGGUGGGUGAAUCACUUGAGGUCAUGAGUUCGACACCAGCCUGGCCAAAAUGGUGAAACCUCAUCUCCACUAAAAAUACAGAAAUUAGCUGGGCAUGGUGGUACAUGCCAGUGGUCCCAACUACUUGGGAGGCUGGGGCAGGAGAAUUGCUUUAACUCAGAAGGUGGAGGUUGCAGUGGGCCAAGACUGCACCACUGCACUCCAGCCUGGGCAACCAGAGGGAUAGCCCAUCUCAAUUAAAAAAAAAAAGUUAAAAAAAUUCCAUUUUCCAAAAAUAUGUAUGCAUAUAUUCAUAAAAAUAUCUGGAAGGAUAUAUAUAAUAUAUUCAUAAAAUUAUCUGGAAAGCUGUAUGUCAAGUGAUUAUCAAUGGGUGGUAGAUUUGUUUAUUUGAAACAAAAUAAUAAACAUGUAUUUCUUUUAUAAUAAAAUAAUUUCAUAAAAAUUAAAAAGCUAUAGACAUGUAAUCACUCAAUUAUUUUACAUAUUGUUCAGAGUUUUUGGUAAUAAAAAUAUAUUUCUCUUUUCUUACACAAUGGAAGAUAGACUCCAAUAGAAAUGGACUUCUUCCUUCUUUUUAUACCACUGUCACCCCACUUCCUGUAUUCUACUCUCAAGACACAACACACACAAACGCUGACAAAUGUGCAUGCAGAUACACAAAUACAGACAGAAGACUGUCUCCCUCACAGUGCAUGCGCACACACACACAUUCAC